AUGGCCGUGUUAAAGUACGAAUACAACCCAGACCUUGUCCCGGAAAAGGUCCGCAAGCUUCUCGAUGUUCUCUUCGCUGCUGCAGACGACACGGCCCGGACUGCAGAAUGGUUGGCUUGUUUCAGUGACGAUGCCAAGAUCUGGCGCAACGGAAAGCCCUCAAAUGGCCGGACGGAGAUUGAGGGCAUGAUUGCCAACUCCUGGGAUAACGUUGCGUCUCGGGACCACAGGCCGGCCAAGAUUUUUGCCUUUAGCAAAGACUCGUUGGAUGUCAUGGUUGAUGGUACGACCGUGUAUAACUGGCAAGAUGGAUCGUCCAAGACUGGGGUCUGGGCGUGUCGAGUUGCGUUCAAGGAGGUUGAAGGAGCUCUGAAGAUUUCGGAUUACCACGUUGUAUUUUACUGA